AUGGAUAAAUAUCAGAAAAUCGAAAAACUUGGUGAAGGAACUUACGGUAUUGUAUAUAAAGCGCAGAACAGAGAAACCAACGAGGUUGUUGCGCUAAAAAGAAUAAGGCUUGACAACGAGGAAGAAGGGGUUCCUUGCACAGCAAUUCGUGAAAUAUCCUUGCUGAAAGAAUUAAAACAUCCUAAUAUCGUCAGAUUAUAUGACGUAUUACACACGGAGAAAAAGUUGACACUAGUAUUUGAAUAUCUGGAUUCUGAUCUAAAGAAAUUUCUAGAUACGUAUGGGGGAGACCUUGAUGUGCCGACUAUCAAGAGAGGUGAACUCAAAUUGGCCGACUUUGGGUUAGCACGCGCUUUCGGUAUCCCGGUUCGAAGUUACUCACAUGAAGUUGUAACAUUAUGGUAUCGUGCACCGGACGUGCUGAUGGGAUCAAGACAAUAUUCUACCUCAAUCGAUGUAUGGUCAGCAGGAUGUAUAUUUGCAGAAAUGGCCUCUGGUACACCAACAGAAGAAACAUGGCCUAGAGUGUCACAAUUACCGGAAUACAAACCCGAUUUCGCAAUUUACCAACGAAUUCCCCUCGAGAGCCUGUUACCGAAAUUAGAUCCACAAGGGAUAAAUUUAUUAAGUCAAUUGAUAGAGUAUCAACCUGAUAAAAGAAUCAGUGCUGAAGUUGCACUUCAGCAUCCUUAUUUCGAGGAAAUUCGUAGAAAGGAACAAUCUCAACAAUCGACAUCUAGUUUGUUUUCGAAAUAUUGUCUUUCACGUCCGACAGUAAUGCAGUCAACUCAAAAUUUCGCCUGGCCUCCGGAGAAUAAAACUUCGACUGUUGCGUGGCAGCCCGAAGCGCCAGAGUAUGCUCAAGGUGUAACGCCGGCUUUCCCUGGACAAGAAAAGCGAAAAUUUAAUAAAAGUUUGAACUCCAAUAAAAAUCAGGGUGAUCGUCAUGUUGGACUUCAAUCUACUAUUCCACAGCAUUUUCGUAAUCAAAAACCACGCCGAGAUAAUAAUUUCCAAAAAAUUAAUAAUGGUCAAGCAUCAAAGAAAUAUAAUUCAUCUAAUGCUCAAAAUGUUAAUAAUAAUAUAUUUGGAAUGGCGGGUGCUCCUUCCGUCAAUUUUUACCCUACCCCGAUACAAAUGAAUUCUUAUUCUGAUCCUAAUUAUCAUACCUCGAUUGCUUGGCAUAACUCCCAACAUCCUCAAAAUUUUCCACCUUGGCAUGCGCAAAAUUAUAAUUCUCAUAAUCCUUCUCUCUGGAGUGAAUCCAGCGCUCAGAUCCAAGAAUCUAUGGAUUAUCAAUUGCCGCCUGGUUAUGCGCCACCAUUUAUAGCUUAUCAGUAUCCAAGAACUCCACUUAUAAAUUCAACUUAUGGUAUUCCUCCUCCUCCUCAACCCACUUCAUCUCCGUAUAUUGAAGCCAGUCCUGUUCUCUAUUCAAAUGUGAAAAAGACAGUUUCAACUAGUCAAAAUCCCACAAUUGCUACAAAUGGAAAAUCGUUCACCUCAACACCAUCAACCGUAGCCAGCCAAAAAUCAAAUAAACAAGAUUUAAAAUCAAAUGCUAUAAACCAUGAUGUGAAAAAGCAACAAGAUAAUUCAAAGCUUUUUUCUAAUCGUGAAACAAAAAAGCGUUUAUUGGUGAAACCUAUUACAACUCCUUUAUCUAAUGAGAUUAAAUCACCAACUCGUCCAUUCUUUAAUGAUGGCCAAAAAUUAUUUAGCCAAAAGAAAAUUGGUGCUGCAAUUGAAAUUAAACUCGGAACUAGGUUGAAUAGGUUGCGACCAGGACUAACAGCAGUCACAACAAGUAGUAAUAAGGCAAUUACAAAACCUGAAAAAAAUAAUCAACAAGAAAUUCCAGAACCUAAAAAGGACAAAGAAUCGACGACCGAGCAAAUUACAGAUUUCCAAACUAAUGUAAAUAUUUCUAAUUCACCUCCAUCCAUUGAGGAAAAAAAUUCCGAGAUUAUUGAAAAGCAAUCUUUAGAUUUUAUCACAUCCAUCCCUUCCGAAGAAAAACGUUCUUCCGAAGAAACUUCUUUGCCAGAUACUCGUCGAGAUAGUGGUUUCUGUGAACUGGAAAUGCAUAAUGAAGCUACGAAAUCGAUCGAUAUGACAAUACCAAUUGACAUAAAAAUUAAUGAUCUUGAUAAAUCAUCCUUGAUCGAACCAGAAAAUGGAUUUGAGCAUCCAAAUUCCAGCUCUCUGCAGAACCUAAUUUGCGAUACAACGAACGAGGAAUCUAUUACUAAUUGUGAGAAUAUCGACUCAUCUAUCAACGCACCAAAUAAUGAACUCGAUUCUUCGAAUAACUUUUUUUGCGCGAAAUCUGAAAUUGAUAAUUCUACGGACUCCCAUAUAUUUAAUGGGAUCGCUUCUUCUGAUUUCGGUGAAUACAUCAAUAACGAAAUGCACCUUGAAAAUAAAAAAGCAAUAAAUUUUUAUGAUUCUGAAAAUUCAAAUUCAGAACAAACCAAGAACAAUAACGAAAAAAACAAUAAAAUCUUCAGCAAUAAUAAGCAUCUUUCAGAAAAUAUGUAUAAUGAUAUCGAUAUGAAAGAUGCUACACGGCUAUCCUCAAGCACGGAUGAAAAAUUAUUAGUACCAACUGUAUUCAUCGAACAAAUGCCAGAAGAUAUUAAUAUACAAGCGCCAGAUCCUUCAUUGAUCUCCAACGAAGUGAUGGCAAGAGAAUCAGAACAAUUCAAAUCAGAUUUAUCUUCUGCUCUUGCUUCGAGCAAUGUAUUAACCCGAAGAAAAAUUAAAGAGCUUUCAGUAUUGGCCUACCAAUGUUACUCGAUUAAUCAACGAGUUAUGGUACUUAAUGUUGAUGGAGUUUGGUAUUCGGGUAAAGUUAUUGCGUCAAAUAAAACUGGUGUGAAAAUUAGAUAUGAUGGUUGGGAUGCAAAUUAUGACGAAUGGGUUUUAACUGAUAGUCCAAGGAUGCGUGUUAUGAGUGACGAGGAGAUUAGACAGAUUGAUGAAAGGAACAAUCAGGUUUCUAUCGAUUUUAGUUCAAAUUCAAUUGACAAGAAUUUAAAUAAUAAUAAAAAUAACAGUAAAAAUAUUAAAGAUAGCAAAAAUUAUAUCAAGAGUAAUAGUUCGGAAGUUGCGAGUACAGAUUUUAGUGGCAAAAUUACGAAAAAUAAAUUUAUUCCAAAAUCUCAAGUCAACGAGCAACAUAAAUCGGAAAAUAUUUCUAAUAUGAAUAUAGAAGUAAUUGAAAAAUCGGAAACGUCAAAUUCUAAAGCAUCACCUUCGUCCAUCGAACAAAUCUUCAGUGAAGAUAGUGAAUUAACCGAUUUGUCCGAUUCUUCAAGUUCUUCUUCUGAUUCCGAUUAUAGUGAUCCACGAUCAGAUCUUUCGUUGGCCAGAACUGCAAAGAGGGCGGCUUCAUCAUACGCGAGAAAAAAGAAAUCUGUCGAGUCAAAAAAUAAAAGUGUCAAAAAGUCUUUGAAUCAUUUAAAUAAUUUUUCGACUCGACAAAAGCCACGCAAAAUUAAAAAUUGCGAGUCUUGCAACACUCCUUACGACAAUCUUGCGACAGUAGGUACAGUCGAAUUAUGCCAGAAAUGCAUUCCUCUCUUUGCACCAGAAUUGGCUAGAGUUAAAUCUGUCACGCAUGAUUAUGAACUUCAUAAUAGAGUUGAGGUUCUUAAUUUUGAUAAAAUUUGGUAUCCGGGAAAAGUCGUAAAAGUUGAAAAAACUAAGGUAAAAGUUCAUUAUGACGGAUGGAGCCAAGAAUACGACGAAUGGUUAUGGGUAGACAGUCAGAGGUUGAGAAAGUUCGUCGAAGUUAUUGAAAGCGAAGAGAAUAAUAAGGUUCAAGAGAAACCUCAAGAGAAUCAGAUUAAACAAAAUGCCAACGUUGCUACUCAAAAUAUUAGUAAACACCCCGCAAAAGCAAAAGCGAGACAAAAAGAAACUAAAACAGACGAUGACACUAGCACUACGCAAAUUGAAACAGAAUCUAUUCCUUAUGUUAAUAUUGAACAUAUUCAAUUCGAUAAUCUAAGUAUCAAUAAAAGUAUAGUGGAUUCAAUAUCUGAGCCCAAAAAUCGUCGAAAAACUCGUAAAGCUAAAGCCCCAUCCAAGAGCCUUGGUGAUAAUUCUGAGUCAGGAUCAUCCUCGAAAAAGCUUCCUCCCCCUAAUCCUAAAAAAUGUGAAUCUUGUAAUAUCAUGCACUUAAAUGUGCAAAGAGUUGGUAGCUUGGAACUUUGCUCUUACUGCCGAAGUCUCUUUGGCGAGGAUACAAGUGGCCGUUCUAGACGCGGUGGCCAAUACGGCUUCGAAAUUUAUAAACGUGUCAAAGUAAUGAGUCAUGAUGGCGAGUGGUACCCUGGUAUGAUGAUGGAUUUUCAAAAUGGAAAAAUUCGUGUAAAUUUCGACGGUUGGAGCUCAAAUUUUGAUGAAUGGGUGCCUGCAGAAAGUUCGAGAUUGCAAGAAAUGACUCUUGAAGAAAUAUUGGAAGCUCAAAAAAAUAUUCAAGUAGACCUGGAAUAUCAAUUAAGGUUCGCUGAUACAGAAGCUUCUAAAGAUCAACAACAAGAAGAUCUUGAUAUCACAUGGGCGCCAAAGAAGCGAAUACGCUCUUCUCGAGUAAAAUCCAAGCAAUCAAAUCUCAGAAAUAAGAGGAUUCGCACUCGGUCCCAACCAAAAAUAUUUGCUCAAAAAUACGAACCAGAAGAAGAGGAGUCCGAUCAUUGGGAUUCUCAGAGUCGCCAAUCUACAAGCGAGACAAGCAAUCUAGAUUGGCGUGAAUUAUACCUUAGGCGUAGCACCCGUCAAGCCGGGCGCAAAGGAAGAUCACGUCUUCGAUUUGAUGAAGAUACCUCAAUUGAUCUUAACGAACUAAAAACCCGUUACAGACCCGGUGCAAGGAUCGAAGCACGUGAUGCGUUCAAAGAAUGGCAUCCAGGCAGAGUAGUCGAAGCUAAAGGAUACAGAGUAUUAAUUCAUUAUGAUAAUUAUUUGCCGAUUUAUGAUGAAUGGGUUGAUAUAAAUAGCCAACGGUUGCGUGGUGGAUACGAUGAUGGUGAUUCAACUGCGGAUAGUGAUGAGUUAGAGUCAUUAUUGUCAGCAUCUAAUCGAAUUAAAAAGGUCAAAAAAUCAACUAAUGCCAAUGAAGAUCUUACAAAAGGUAUUGAAUAUGUUGUAGAUGGUAAAGUUUAUGGUGACAAUGAAGGAAAAGGCAAUUGGUUUAUUUAUUGUAAUCAAUGUAAUGUCAUUAUAAAACAAUACAGAUACUAUUGUACAUAUUGUGAAUCACCAUCAGAAGGAAAUGAUUAUCAAAGCUUCGAACUUUGUAUAUGGUGUUUCGCACACUGCUUCCCUGAGGAUCAUCAGCAUCCACGAUGUUCUUUUGCCAUGCAGUCAGUUCUCGAUGGCGAAGCGCCAACUGUAACUUCAAAAGGCGAACUUAUUUCGACAUUCGAAAAAGAUGAAUUCGAUAUGUCAUACAAAGAUGAUAACAGCACAAUUCUCAAUGAAUUUAUACCUCCUGAAAGUGACAUGGGGUAUUUGUACUUGAAGGCUUGGAACUCGCGGAAAAUAUGUGGUUUUUGUAAUGAUGAUGAUGACCAACAUCUAGGAGGUUUUAUUGGACCUUAUCCUUUUGUCUCCCGUGCAUCUACACGCCACGGCGAAAGGAAAAGAACAUUUUGGGCACAUUAUGCAUGUGCGAAGUAUUCACCAGAAGUGCUACUGACUAAAGACAGUGAUUGGUAUAAUGUGACAAUAGCUUGGAGACGAGGAAGAAGCAUGAAAUGCGGAAAAUGCAAAGAACGCGGAGCGACAAUGGGAUGUUUUAAACCAAAGUGUAAUCGCAGCUUCCAUUUACCAUGUACUGGCAAACCACUUUCGCACUUUGAAAUGGGCGUUAUUUUUUAUUGCCCAACCCAUGAAGCUAAUUAUAACAAAAUCGAAAUUUAUAAUGAAUCAUUCAAAUGUGAUGUCUGUUCUUGCGAGCUACAAGAAAAUUGGUGGACAUGUGAACCUUGUAGUGGCAAAUAUUUUACCACGUUUGAUUUGUGCAUAAAAUGUUUUCAGGAAAAUUUUCCUGAAAACCAUGAACAUUCUAAAGAUGAUUUUGUUGAAACAUCCUUGCAAAAAAUCAAAGAAGAAGAAAAUUUACAAAAAGAAGCGCUUGCUUUGGAAAUUCAAAAGCCUCCAACGGAAUCUGUGUCUCGUAAAAGAUCUAAAAACUCAAUGAAAAAGAAUCAAAAUGGAACACAUGCCCAAUGCUCAUAUUGUUGGUCAGAAGAAUCAACACGUUGGCGUAAAGGUUAUAAUGGUGUUUUAAUGUGCGAAGACUGCUUUGAAUUAGCAUUAGUAAAUAAUCCAACAGAUGAAUCUCAGUUCGGACAAGAAAAAUAUGCUGCUUCAAUUGAAGACUACACACACACCCCUUAUUUGACAAGAACAUCAGUUUCGGCAGUCAAGUUCGACAGUUCACAAUCUCAAGCGCUUUAUCUAGACAGUUAUGAACCGGCGGAAAAUCAAUUAUUCUCUUUGCCAUUCGACAGUUCGUAUUUCGAUAUUCCAGGCCGUGCCCCGCGCUGGGCCACUCAUAGUGGCACUGAUUAUCAUGGAACGUGGCUACCACAAACUGUUCGCAGGGCUGUGCUUCGUUAUACCAAAAAGAACGAAAGAAUCUUAUCUAAUUUUCUAGGAAGAGGCACAGAUGCAAUAGAAUGUUUCUUGUUAUCUCGAAGGAGUGUGGGAGUUGAUAUCAAUCCAGCUGCCGUUGCUUUAUCACAACGUAACUGCUCUUUUGCAAUUCCCCCGGGUCGCGGAAUUACUGCCGAACAUCGCCCCAUAAUAUUACAAGCUGAUUCGAGACAACUCUCCGGAAGAUUAUUUGAAGAUCAAUCAUUUGAUCAUGUAUUAAGUCAUCCUCCUUAUAAAAACUGUGUUGAAUACUCUACUCAUAUCGAUGGGGAUUUAUCGCGAUUUGCUAAUUCUGAGGAAUUUAACAUGGAAAUGACUAAAGUAGUUGAAGAAUCUUGGAGACUACUGAAACCUACAAAGAGAGUCACAUUAGGAAUCGGAGAUAAUCGUGAGCAAUGUUUCUACGUUCCAGUUAGCUUUCAAUUAAUUCGUCAAUAUAUAGAUCAUGGAUUUGAACUUGAAGAGCUGGUAGUAAAAAGGCAACGAUAUUGUCAAGCCUUUGGACUAGGCACAUAUUUAUGUGUCCAGUAUGAUUUUCUAAUGUUUACGCAUGAGUUUAUUGCAACUCUGAAAAAGGUGGAUCCAGCAAAUAAUGACAAACUGACAUCAACACCAGAAUACUCAAUAAUCAAGGAUAACGUAUCGUUUACACGUACUUUACGCGAAAUACCUGUUUUACCGAUUGCUAGAAAGAGUGUAGUAAUGGGCACAACAUGGACUUUUAAACCAUCCACAAAACAUGACUUUGUCGAAAGAUUUGGUAGAGAUUUAGCAAAUUGGGAAGAGAUUAAAUUAAAAUUUAAAGAUAUAGAGGAGAUAAGUUAUAACCAAGAAAAUACAACAGAUAUGGAUAGUAAUCCUGAAAACAGUCAAAGCGAUUUGGAUGAUAUGCCAGAAUAUGAAAAAAUUAGACAAAAAAGAAUUCAAGAAAACCAGAAAAUGCUUCUGACAUUGGGUCUUAUUUCUGAUCUAAGUGAAUCAUCAGACGAUAUAUCGCAUGUUGAAAAACUUUUAUCAAGCAAGCCUUUACCUCCACCGACUCCAACAGCCCUCAUCGUAAUUCCCCAUAUUCCGAACAAUGUGCUCAACGCAAAAGACAUUCCAACCUACCGGGCUGCAAUUAUGCAUCUUGCCCGGGAAGCACAUUCACUUCUUCCACCUUCGGGAUUUUUGAUUGUUGGUGCACAAGAUAUCAGAGCACCAGACGGAAAGCUAUGGCCAUUGAGCAUGCUUUUCAUGGAAGAUAUCAAUCGUAUCGUUGGUCAAGAUGUGAUGCCAUUGAAGGAAUUAGUGAUUACGGUGCCUGAAGGUUAUGCAAAGGAUCGAAGAAAAAUUUGUUCGUAUGAAGAAUUUGUUGAUGAGAAAUGUGUUUCGGAUGCACAAGAUUGUGAUAUAGAGCACUUGACUAUAGUUCAU